CCCCCCCCCUUCUCUUCCUGCCUAUCUCAAAUCACUGGCUUCUUCCCCUUGGAAUUGCAUGCCAGCAGAAGGAAAGGCCGUCAGAAUCGGUGCGUCCCUCGUGGAACAGCUCUGGACGGGAGUUCAAGAGGAAAAUGCAUCUACGCAUCUGGCAGAUGAUUUCACACUUCUGGCAUGUCUUUGUUUCAUUUCUUGGAAGACCUUGGUCCUCCUUGAAGCCUGGCGAGAUGAGGAAUACAAGACCAGGAGACACCCAAUUCCACACCAGUGUCGUGUUCCCGGCACCCCAAGCAGCGCUUCCAGGCAUGAGACGUCUCUCACGCUCCCGCACUCGCUUCCGGGGUGGACGCGAGACGUGUAUUGGGUGUGGGAUAAGGAGAGAGAGAGAGGGGGGGGGGGGGGGGGACAAGGGGGAUGGAGGGAGAGAGAGAGUGUGUGUGUGUGUAUGCUUGGCCGGUUUACACUGCACGACUUGUCAUCUCUCGUCCUUCUACCAGCUCACUUGCCUGCCUGCAAAGUCAUGCACGCAAGAAAGUACACUGUGGUGUCUGGUAGUAUUGGAUUGUGUACCUUGUCUCUCCCAUGUUGCCUCCUCCCUUUACCUACCUCCCCCCCCCCCCCCCCGGUCAUCUGCUCUUGACACUGCUGCUGUCGAUGCUGCUGGUGCCGGUGCUGAUUGAUGCUCCUGCUGCUGUCGCCGCCGCCGCCGCAGCAACUCCUCAUCGGUCGGGCUCAACAAGACCCAGGCCCAGAUCGUCGUUGCGCCGCUUUUCACUCGUCUGUCGCUUGUCUGGGCAUGCUCUCGCCUGAGGCAGAUUGAACACACGCCCCUUU